GCCGCGGCCGUGGGCGCGCUGCUGUGCUGGAGCUGCCUGAGCGCCGAGGACGGGGUCACGGAGGUGCUGGCGCAUCACCGUGAGAACCUCCAGGACAAGUUCUUUGAGAUCCCUUGCUCUGAGGACUACGACAACCACAAAAGAUUUGAAGGGUGCACUCCUAGAAAGUGUGGAAGAGGAGUGACUGAUGCAGUAAUCACAAGGGAAGAAGCAGAAAGAAUUCGUAGAAUAGCAGAGAAGGGACUGUCCUUGGGAGGAUCUGAUGGAGGGGCAUCCAUUUUGGACUUGCACUCAGGAGCUCUUUCACUGGGGAAGCAUUUUGUCAAUCUGUACAGGUACUUUGGGGACAAAAUUCAAGACAUAUUCACAGAAGAGGAUUUUGCAUUAUAUCGUGAUGUGAGAGAGAGAAUUCAACAAAGGAUUGCUCAGGUGUUUGGCAUCAGCUCUGCUUCCAUGUACCUGACGAAGCCCACGUUCUUCUCCAGAAUAAACAACACAGAAGCCAAGACAACACAUGAUGAGUACUGGCACCCACAUGUUGACAAGGUAACUUACGGCUCUUUUGACUACACUUCGCUGCUCUACCUCUCUGACUACACUGAAGACUUUGGUGGUGGACGGUUUGUCUUUAUGGAUGAAGGUUCCAACAAGACCAUAGAGCCCCGAGCAGGCCGGGUUUCCUUUUUCACCUCUGGAUCAGAGAACCUUCAUCGGGUGGAGAAGGUUCACUGGGGCACUCGCUAUGCCAUCACCAUCUCCUUCACCUGCAACCCAGACCAUGGCAUUGGGGAUCCAGUGUUGAU